ACGUAACAUAUCUGUUGCCAAUAUUCACUGGGAAUUCUCCUGAAUCUGUACUUGUGUGAUUCACCAUUCCGCUCCCAUUAUCACUCGCUAUUUAUUCCACAACCAAUUAAUCUAAAACGUCAGAAGUCAUUACCCCACUUCAUAAAACAGCUGCAAGCAUGGACCACUGAUUUUCAUUUCGUUGGAGUAAUCUACAAUGGCUUGGACUAACUACCAGAAGCUCCUGGCCCUGUUGAUGGUUGUCACUGGGUCCUUCAACACUCUCUCAGUCAAAUACGCAGAUUAUCAAAUAGUUGCCGGCAAAGAUGGACAACCUAGGCACUUUAAUCAUCCAUUCAUGCAGUCUUCCUUCAUGUUCCUGGGGGAAAUGCUGUGCUUCUUGACGUUUAAGAUUGCUUACAUCUACUACAAAAGGAAAAAUGACGACUCGGUUGAGUCGAGUCCACUCACGAAAGGCAACAGGAACUUCAAUCCAUUCAUCCUCCUGAUCCCCGCAGCCUGCGAUAUGAUCGCAACCUCGAUAAUGUACGUGGGAUUGAAUCUGACAUACGCCAGCAGCUUCCAGAUGCUCAGAGGAUCAGUAAUCGUAUUCACUGGGUUCUUGUCGAUGGGUUUUUUGAAUAGAAAAUUAGGAGGAAGGGAAUGGACUGGUAUUGCAUUAGUUAUCACAGGAUUGGCACUCGUGGGAGUCAGCGAUCUCUUGAUGAAUGAUAAAAACUCCGGCAGCAUGAACUCCAUUCUCACUGGGGAUUUACUAAUUAUUUGUGCACAGGUGAUAACCUCAGUGCAAAUGGUGGUAGAGGAGAAAUUCGUGGCUGGACUGGACAUUCCACCUCUACAGGCUGUCGGUUGGGAGGGAAUUUUCGGUUUCAUUGGCAUUUGCCUGGCGAUGAUUCCUCUUAAUUACAUCCACGCGUAUCCCCCGUUUGCUGAUAACUCCCAGGGGACUUUGGAAGCGCCCAUCGAUGCUUUCAUACAGAUAGGGAACAGUGGGAGAUUGCUCAUGGCUAUUAUUGGUAUCACUUUAAGUAUUGCAUUUUUCAAUUUUGCUGGAAUCAGCGUGACGAAAGAGAUGAGUGCAACAACGAGAAUGAUACUUGAUAGUGUGAGGACUAUCGUCAUUUGGGGAUUCUCUCUCAUAUUUCAGUGGCAAGCGUUUCAUUAUCUUCAGUUGAUUGGCUUCACAGUUCUCCUGAUAGGAAUGGGCUCUUACAAUAAUGUGGUGGUUCCCCAGCUGUGUAUGUAG